GGCUUCUAAAAGGGCUGGGGCUGCCUGCUCCAGCCAGGGAUGAGAAGGAGGCUCUCUCACUCCUCGUUGAUGGGAUAACUGAAGGCGGUAACAGCCCAGCCUCCCUCCCUUGUGCCCCACCAGAAUAAAAAUGCCCAAGGAGUGCUGAGCCCCCUGUCAUAGCCGUGGAGCCUGCACCGAGGAGGGAGGAGAUAUCAACAUAAGUUAUUUAGAAGAAGAAAAGCAAGACCAUUUCCAGAGUUGGUAUUCCUGUGUUUGCUCCGGUCUCAUCUAGAGAUGUUCCUACUUCACAAGAUCGUUGUGAGAAUUAAUCAAGCAGAUGACAUUGGAAAUAACCAGAACAGCUGAUAUUUACUGAGCACUUACUACCUGCCAGGUGCCAUUCCAAGCGCUAGGAUCAUUGAAGCCACAAUAAAUCUUUGAGGCUUGCUUUGACAGAGAAUCAGAAUUGACUGGUGACAUUUGUUUCAAUGAAAGCAACAGCGUGAAUAAUGUUUGGGUUCCUGCCAUGUGUCAGCUGUGUGGCAAAUCUUGAACCAGACACAGUCUCUGUCCUCAAGGAGCUCUCUUGAACAGGCAAGGAGAAUGCAGACUUUAGCUUGCUGCUGAAAAUGGCCCUCUCAGUGGACUCGUCUCGGCACCGGUGGCAGUGGCGAAUCAGAGAUGGCCUCCCCCAGUCUCCUUCAGAAGCCACACCACUGCUGUCCCCAGAGAAGGGGAGGCAGAGCUACAACCUAACACAGCAGCGGGUCGUGUUCCCCAACAACAGCAUAUUCCACCAAGACUGGGAAAAGGUCUCCAGGAGAUACCUGGGAAACAGAAUCCACACAACCAAAUAUACCCUCCUCACCUUCCUGCCCCAGAAUCUCUUUGAGCAGUUUCACAGAUGGGCUAACCUCUAUUUCCUGUUCCUGGUGAUUCUGAACUGGAUGCCCUCCAUAGAAGUCUUCCACAGGGAAAUCACCAUGUUACCACUGGCCGUUGUCCUGUUCAUCAUCAUGGUCAAGGACGGCAUGGAGGACUACAAAAGACACCGCUUUGAUAGAGAGAUAAACUGCUCCAACAUCCAGAUAUAUGAAAGAAAAGAGCAGAGCUACGUGCAGAAGCGCUGGAAGGAUGUGUGUGUGGGAGACUUCGUCCAGAUGCAGUGCAAUGAGAUCAUCCCAGCAGACAUCCUCCUCCUCUUUUCCUCAGACCCCAGCGGGAUCUGCCACCUAGAAACUGCCAACUUGGAUGGAGAGACAAACCUCAAACAAAGGCGUGUUGUGAGGGGCUUCUCACAGCAGGAAAAACAGUUUGAACCAGAACGUUUCAACAACACCAUCGUGUGUGAGAAACCCAACAACCACCUCAACAAAUUUAAGGGUUAUCUGGAGCAUCCUAACCAGUCCAGGACCGGCUUUGGCAGUGAGAGUCUUCUGCUUCGAGGCUGCACCAUCAGGAACACCGAAGUUGCUGUUGGCAUUGUCAUCUAUGCAGGCCAUGAGACAAAAGCCAUGCUGAACAACAGUGGCCCACGGUACAAACGCAGCAAGAUCGAGCGGCGCAUGAACAUCGACAUCUUCUUCUGUAUCGGGCUCCUCUUCCUCAUGUGCCUCAUUGGAGCUGUAGGUCACACCCUCUGGAAUGGGACCUUUAGUGAACACCCUCCCUUCGAUGUGCCAGAUGCUGAUGGCAGCUUUGUUCCCCUUGCUCUUGGGGGCUUCUACAUGUUCCUCACAAUGAUCAUCCUGCUCCAGGUGCUAAUCCCAGUCUCCCUGUACGUGUCCAUUGAGUUGGUGAAGCUCGGGCAAGUCUGGUUCCUGCACAACGACCUUGACCUGUAUGAUGAGGAGUCCGAUUUGUCCAUUCAGUGUCGAGCCCUCAAUGUCACCGAGGACUUGGGCCAGAUCCAGUACAUCUUCUCUGACAAGACAGGGACGCUGACCGAGAACAAGAUGGUGUUCCGGCGUUGUACCAUCAUGGGUAGCGAGUAUUCUCACCAAGAAAAUGCCAAGAGACUGGAGACCCCGAAGGAGCUGGACUCAGACAGUGAAGAGUGGACCCAAUACCGCUGGCUGUCCUUCCCAGCCAGAUGGGCUCAGGGCCCAGCAACGAUGAGAGGCCAAAGAGGGGCCCAGCCUCUGAGGAGGUGCCACAGUGCCCGAGUACCCCUCCAAGGACACUCCCGACAAAGGUCCAUGGGGCGCCGUGAAAGUGCAUUGUCUCCUGUGGCCUUUAGCAGCUCCAUAGAAAAAGAUGUGACUCCAGAUAAAAACCUACUGACCAAGGUGCGAGAUGCUGCCCUGUGGCUGGAGACCUUGUCAGACACCAGGCCUGCCAAGUCUUCCCUCUCCACGACCUCCUCCGUUGCUGACUUCUUCCUGGCCCUAACCAUCUGCAACUCCGUCAUGGUCUCCACAACCACCGAACCCAGGCAGAGGGUCACCGUGCCACCCUCGACCAAGGCUCUCGGGAUGUCCCUGGAGAAGAUUCAGCAGCUCUUCCAGAGGUUGAAGCUUUUGAACCUCAGCCAGUCAUUCUCAUCUACUGUGCCCUCUGACACUGACCUGGGGGAGAGUUUGGGGACCAACAUGCCCAUCACGGACUCUGAUGAGAGAGACGACACGUCUGUGUGCAGUGGAGACUACUCCACUGAUGGCGGUUAUAGGAGCAGCACGUGGGACCAGGGCAACAUCCUGGGGUCUGAGUCGGGCGCUUCCUUGGAGGAGGUGCUGGAGGCCCCAGGCCUAGGCCUGGCCAGCCCCGAGCUCUGUUACGAGGCCGAGAGCCCAGAUGAGGCUGCCCUGGUGCAUGCCGCCCAUGCCUACAGCUUCACACUGGUGUCCCGGACGCCCGAGCAGGUGACCGUGCGCUUGCCCCAGGGCACCUGCCUUACCUUUGACGUCCUCUGCACCCUGGGUUUCGACUCUGUCAGGAAGAGAAUGUCCGUGGUUGUGAGGCACCCGCUGACAGGUGAAAUCGUUGUCUACACCAAAGGUGCUGACUCGGUUAUCAUGGACCUGCUGGAAGACCCAGCCUGCGCGACUGACACUGAUAUGGAAAAGAAGGUGAGGAAAAUCCGAGCCCGGACUCAGAAGCAUCUAGACUUGUAUGCAAGAGAUGGCCUUCGAACACUGUGCAUCGCCAAAAAGGUUGUAAGUGAAGAGGACUUCCAGCGAUGGGCCAGUUUCUGGCAUGAGGCUGAGGCGUCCCUCGACAACAGAGACGAGCUUCUAAUGCAGGCGGCAGAGCAUCUGGAGAAUCAACUCACCUUGCUCGGAGCCACAGGGAUUGAAGACCGGCUGCAGGAAGGAGUUCCAGACACAAUCGCUGCUCUGCGGGAGGCGGGGAUCCAGCUCUGGGUCUUGACUGGAGAUAAGCAGGAGACAGCGGUCAACAUCGCCUAUUCCUGCAGACUGUUAGAUCAGACCGACACUGUUUACUCCAUUAAUACAGAGAGUCAGGAAACCUGUGAAUCCAUCCUCAACUGUGCCUUGGAAGAGGUAAAGCAAUUUCAUGAACUGCGAAAGCCAGACCACAAGCUCUUCGGGUUCCGCCUACCUUCUGAGACAUCACUGCCCACCUCAGAAGCGGCAGCUCCAAACAUUGGAUUGGUCAUCGAUGGAAAGACAUUGAAUACCAUUUUCCAGGGAAAGCUGGAGGAGAAGUUUCUGGAGUUGACUCAGUAUUGCCGGUCUGUCCUGUGCUGCCGCUCAACCCCCCUCCAGAAGAGUAUGGUAGUCAAGUUGGUGCGAGACAAGUUGAGCGUCAUGACCCUUUCCAUAGGUGAUGGAGCAAAUGACGUAAGCAUGAUUCAAGCUGCUGAUAUUGGGAUUGGAAUAUCUGGACAGGAAGGCAUGCAGGCCGUCAUGUCCAGCGACUUUGCCAUCUCCCACUUCAGACACCUCAAGAAGCUGCUGCUUGUGCACGGCCAUUGGUGUUACUCACGCCUGGCCAGGAUGGUGGUGUACUACUUCUACAAGAAUGUGUGCUACGUCAACCUGCUCUUCUGGUACCAGUUCUUCUGCGGUUUCUCUGGCUCCACCAUGAUUGACUACUGGCAGAUGAUAUUCUUCAAUCUCUUCUUCACCUCCUUGCCUCCUCUCGUCUUCGGAGUCCUUGAUAAGGACGUCUCUGCAGAAACUCUCCUGGCGUUGCCUGAGCUGUACAAGCAUGGCCAGAACUCCGAGUGCUAUAACAUGCUGACUUUCUGGAUUUCCACGGCAGAUGCGUUCUACCAGAGCCUCAUCUGUUUCUUUAUUCCUUACCUGACCUACAAGGACUCUGAUAUCGACGUCUUUACCUUUGGGACACCCAUCAACACCAUCUCCCUCGCCACAAUCCUUUUGCACCAAGCGAUGGAAAUGAAGACCUGGACCGUCAUCCACGGGCUUGUUCUCAUAGGCAGCUUCCUGAUGUACUUUGCGGUAUCCCUAGUAUACAACGCCACCUGCCUCACCUGCAACAGCCCCACCAAUCCUUACUGGGUGAUGGAGCGCCAGCUCUCAGACCCCACUUUCUACCUCGUCUGCUUCCUCACACCGGCCGUCGCUCUUCUCCCGAGGUACUUUUUCCUGUCUCUACAAGGGACUUAUGGGAAGUCUCUGAUCUCAAAAGCUCAGAAAAUCGACAAACUCCCCAUGGACAAAAGAGACCUGGAAAUCCAGAGUUGGAGAAGCAGACAGAGGCCUGUGCCUGUCCCUGGAGAGGCUCAGCCCACUCACCAUCCAGAUCCACCUGUCCCAGAGCAGGGCUUCAGAGCCACCACCCCAAAGAGCUCAAGGCCUCCCAAGUGGAAGUACAAGGAGGACUGGGCGCUGCAUGGGGAGAGAUGCAGCAGAGACCACAUGAGGGAUGACCCAUGUUCAGGGGACUCCUCAGCUAAACUCUCAUCUGGGGAGCACCUUCUUUUGGGGCCUGGUAAGACGAUGGCUUCCGGAGCCUACGCAAGUGGACAUACUGAUGCCUACCGGCCCUCGAGCAGGGGCAGCCAUCGCCGAUCCCAGAGUUCACUGACCAUGUGAGAGGCCUACAGAACUACGUACAAACUCAGAGGAGGUCACCCAACCACUGGCCUAAUUAACCCAUUUCCUCUUCAUGGAGGAAGGAAUGUGCCAGUCUUACUCUUUUUCCCCACCAGGCUUUACUUCCUUAGAGGAAGUGCUGGCCUUAAGGGGUUUGACAAAAAAGGACUGGAAACCAAUAGACCUCUAGUUUUCUCCUGCUGCUAAGUAGCACGUCUUGCAAACAACCGAGUUUUUAUAAGAAAGCUAUGUUUCUAUUGCAAUGAGUUUUCAAAUUUUUUAGCCCAGGAACACUCUUCUGACCCUCUAGCUAGGUACAGCCUACAACCCAAUGCAAGCGGACCAUAAGUUUCCAAGAUUCCAAGAAGUAUAUCAACUCAGGCAAUAUCUCAGGAUAUGAAAGUUUCUGCGCUUGUUGAACCAUCACCUCACUCCUUGGUGCCAAGAGUUACAGUUUCAGAAGAGACCCAUGCACACAAGUGCUUCAUCUUGAGUGUGUCACAGUGAUGGCUAUGUCAAGAUUAACAUCCCUUCCAUUCUCAGAGAGUUGGAUCUGCUUUUUGUCUCUAAGCCAAAGAAGACCACAUCUAAAAACUAAAACUAAAUUUGAACUCAGUGCCACAGACAGUACUGAGGGUUGUGCGGCCACAGCUAGUGUAAGAGGCAGAAAGAACACAAGCGUGCUAAAGAGAACAGGUGCACCAGAAACCCCAUGAUUUACCACAAAUCCCAUAGUCUGAGAGGACUUAGGCAGCAUUCUUUUGUUAAAGCUAUUUAUUUUAUUUAUUUUUAAAUAGAAGUCCCCAUCCUCAUUCAGCUCUCAGGCUAAGAAAACUCUAAGAUCAGGAGGUCUUUGCACAUCUGCACCCAGAAUAGACCCACAUGAUAGAGCAACUCUGAGCCCAAACAAUGACAUCUUAAAGAGUAGGGCCAAUGUGAGACCCUAUUCAUUAAGCUUAUCCCAGAAUAUCACCAUCUGGAAGACACUGGCACAUGCUUCAGUUAAAUUAGGGAGAGUCAGAGGAAGUCUUACUUCACAGGGAAAAGAAGGAGUAUAUAGACUUCUUAUCCCUAGAGGUCAUAAAUAACAAAAAUAUAGAAGAGCUUAAAACAGUGUUGAAAGGAAACAAUGGAUGAUAGAAUUCUAAUAGGCUGUCAAGAGAAGCUAGGUCUACCAUAGGCAAGGAUAGCCUGUCCCUAGUCUUUUAAGAUAAGUCAGGGAGAGUUAUUGAACCCUCCCCUCCUUAGGGUGGUGCUUAUAUAUCAGGCAAAAUCCCUACUGGGGAUGGAUGCAACAAGUGUGAUAAGUCUUUGAGCCUAAGAGUCAUAGCCACCCCAUGAGUUGACUUAUCACUUGAGUGACUUCUCAGCAAAGAUGCCCAAAAAGAUCACAACAAUCAAUUGGCAAAUGGCAGACUGAGCCGGGCCUUUGACCAUCCUGCUGACAAACCUGAACUGAAGGGGCCAUUCGGUGCAUCUUACUGGAGUCAAUACACUGGAUCAGUUUCACUGACUCUGCCACAUCAUGAUGCCAACACUGGCCACCUGGUGGGUAUUGAGGGGAAUCCUACAUGAGGUUUGCUGAGGGAGGAGUGGGUAACGCAUCAGGCAAAGUAGUAACGGUAUGAAUUGUCCCAAAUGAGGAGAUUGAGCCAAAAUUUGGAUCUCGGGGUCCUCCCUUUCCCUAUACAAUUCCUGCCCACUCUGGAAAGCUAGAUGACACAGGAAAGACAUUUCAGGAAAGAACAGAGUAGUGGGAAGAACACUGGCCUCAGAAGAUCUGGGUUUGAGUCUUUGCUCUGCCUCUGUACUCUCCAGGAGCCAGGAACCUUGAAGCAGGAUGCCAUGCCUGCAAAUUAGGUUAGAACUGCCCUACCUCCCGGGCUUGGCAUAAGGAUCACGUCAAAAUACACAGGGGAUGUGAAAACCCUUUGAAAGCUCCAACACCCUUGAUAAUAACAGGGAUUUUUAUUUCAGAGCUAAGAGGAAACAAGGUGUUAGGGAAGUUAAGAAAAUACCUGACCCCCUACACCUAAAUGCCGAACCAUAACCAACAUUCUGAUGCUGCUUGCUUUCUUGCAUGACCAACCAUCCCAGUUUGCCUGGGAUUUUCCCAGUUUUAGCACUGAAAGUCCCACAUCCUAGGAAACUCCUCAGUCCUAGGACAACUGUUCACCUACUCUUUCUCCUCUUUGUAAACCAAACCAACUGUGACUGUCCAAUGUGCCAUCUUAGGGAAAGGUUAAAACAACUAUUUCCCUAUAACAUAAUGCUAGUGAUUGUACUUAAAACAUUUUUAUACUUUUAUGACCUUUUACUGAUUGACUGGAAAUGUGUUGUCCUUUAUUAGAAAAAAAUAAAUAUGGUUUUCCAUAGUUGCCUGCA